CAAGCUCGACGUGUUGCAUGCAACAAAUUUUUGUUUUUGUUUUUUUUUUCUCGUCCAUUCGCGGGUCGGUAUACUUGGAAAUCUUAAAAACAACACAAGAUUAAAACAAAAAUUGUUACUUGUGUGUUGAUUUUAUGUGUGCUGUGCUCGAAUGAAUUGAGUCUUUUUGGUGUUAACUUUGACAUAGACUGAUGCAUUUUUAGUAUUUUUUUUUUAUUUAAUGAAAUUUAUCGAUUAACCUUUUGCACAUGUAUCUCUGGAGAUGUUGAAUUAUUUUCUGUAAUUUUUUGUACACAUCGGAAACGCGUCAAAUCAAUCCAGUGCAUAACGAAAAGUGUUGAUACGUCGAAAUAUAUACUAAAUGUGGAGAUAAAGCCGCUCCAUUUAAAUAUUUAUUUUCCAGUUGCAAUUGUGUGUGCGUGCGUGCUAGCGACCAAGGAAAGAAAUAAUAGUAAAUCGGAGAGUAACAUUACUUGUCGCUAUAUUGCUUGUAACGAGAUAACGUUAAUUUUAACAACAUUUUUAAAUUCGACGGAUUGUUUUUAUUGUAAACAUGUACGCGGUCUUUAUGGGCUUGAAAAAAGAGGUGUAACUGGGAACUGUUGAAUUGUUUACUAAAUUGAUUACGCUAUAAGCACGGGAGUCAUUCAUUGAAAGAACAUCACGUCAUCAAUAGAAGAGAGCAGAACAUUUCAUUUAUGCGCCAUAUCUCGACAUGCCAAAAACAACGACUCAACAUUUACACAUACGAUCGAUUAGAUAGAUAUCGGAAUAGCCGGAGAACACACACACAUUUCGGACUCAUCAAUAAACUAAUUAACAACAGUUACGCGGAGGUAGUUAAGUGAUUAGCAUAUGGUGCGCGAUUACGAAAUUAAAUUUGUCUCAUCGUGUUAAUGGUUACAAGCCACUGUGAGAAGUGAGAUAUACUUGAAUACAUACACAUAAUAAUAGUGAACGUUGGGUUCAUCUUUCAUUCUCAAAUUAUACUUGCGAUCAACAACAACAACGAAGAAACGAAAACAAAAAACUUCUGUUAACAGUAAAUAAUCGCGCAUUGUUUUGAAACGAAUGAUACAGCAAAAAAACAGCAAUUUUUCAUUUAUUCGUUUCAUGCUGAAUUGGGUCACUUGUGAACUUACGGCAAGAGAUAGAUGGUGAUUUACUUCAGUCACAUCAGAACCGACUGCACAUUGUAAAUAAACAUCAAGCCAGUAAUGUACGAUUUCCGUGAUCAAAUAUCACACAAUGAGGUCGUCUGACGAGGAAUUUAAUUCAUCAUCAGAAAGAGUACUGAAUGAUAAUGAGGGCAGUAAUUUGAGUGCCUUUUGUACGUUACGUACGGACCGAAAACAAAAGAAACCAACAUCGGAUCAUUCAAAUAGUUUGAACUUUUGCACGUUAAGAAAUCGACGCGAUAGAUCACCGAAUGGCAGCAUCUUUUCGGUACCGUACAAUCGAUUGAACGAGUCGGUUCCCAAUGAAAAUUCAUUCGAAACGGAAAAUGGAAAUCUUAUCGAUUUGGAUGAUACGGUGCAACCGGAAGCGGAAGCCAUCAAUACGUCGCUGAUCGAAAAGUAUGAGGAUUUGAGUGACUGGAUACCGAAAUCAUCACAAAGUACGAGCAAUACACUGGAAAAAUCGGAUCGCAAACAAUCUUUGAAAGAACUGAAACGACUGUCGUCCUAUUGUACGUUACGGCCUGAGCAGAGGCGUAAGUACAUAUUACGCACCAUAUCCACACUAAGAAACUCGAACAAAAUCUCAGACGAAGCAAAUAAAGCACUCAGUCUCCUCCAUGAACUGAACGGUUUCAAUACGAAUGACGGAUGUACAUCGUCUGCAACGGAUAUUGCGACAUGUUUUAGCGAUCCAGAAAAAGUGGAAGAUUGCUUAUUGGAAUUAGAUGCAUACCUGGAGGAAAUCGACCGCAAUUAUUUGUACAGCGAUGGAAUAGCAAGUGAGAAAGAAAAUAAUUUUCCGCUAGACAAAGUCGUAUAUGUGCAACAAUGCAAAGCAAAUUGUAAUAACGAUGAUGGAAGUAAUAAAAAUAGCCGUGAAGAAAAUGAAAAAGUGGAAGAAAUCGUAACAGCAGAUGGAGAAAAAGAUAAUUGUGGCUACAGUGAAUUUUUGAACAGAUUCAGUGAUUGCGAUAAUGCAAAUGGUGUGACGGAUAAUAAUAAUUGUCGGAUGAGUGAUGUCAAUGUACAUGAACAUUCUCAUGAUGAGCAAAGUGAUCGGUUGAGUGGUGUUGUGAAUUUGAAAUGUGAAGAUGCUGCCAUGGAUAUCGAUAACGAAAUAUGCAGAGGACAAUCACACCGGAAUACCAUUAAUGUGGCGAGUGGGAGCACGUUUCCGCGGAGUAGUGCACUAAGUAAAGCAUCAGCAAGUACCGCAAAGCGACAUUCGUCGUGGCGACGAAAUUCUAUGAGAAAAACACGUCCCAUUCACAUACCUGAGCACAACAUAUCUUUACCAUCAACGUCAACAUCACACGCUGCAACUAAUCAAGCAGCAACCAGACGACUAACAUUGCCAAUUUUACGAAAAUCCAAUGACACAGUCACUUUGGUGUCAUCCAUGGAACCAACCAGUCAUACGCCCAUUCCUACGAUAGACACAACGGAACCAGUGUUUAAACCGAACGAACCACUGACUGUAAACAUCGAAAAUGAAUUGAAUAGUAGCUCCGAAGCGGUCGAGCCAAGAACGUUGGGCGACGAAUUCUUAAACACAUUGACUCAGUCGACGAGCGACGUUACCGACGUGGAGUCCGGAUUCGAUUUUGGAUGCCCGGAAACGCAUUUCGGAAGUGAUGACAACGCUCAUAAUCGACCCCGACAAAUGGGACGACGAGCGGAGGCUCGAGUGCGUGUUGUAUCGAUUACUACCGAAACGAAUUCACUGGGCAAUCAGCGCAUUAUUGUCAAUCACGAUCGGCCAACUAGUGCGCCAGUGCGAGUAACUCAACAUCCGACCGAACAAUACGUAGCAUCUGAGCCUAGCUCGGUAAUUUCAUCCAGAAACGCUAGUCCAGUAUCGAUAAUAUCGAGUAGUGCUUCCAGUUCGACUGCGUCGGCUGCGGAUAAUACAGAAAGGCCACCGCCCCAGCAGCGAUCGUCCGCUUCGUCUGACCCUGACAAUGUAUUAGACGAACCGGAAGAGAAAAUCAAAAUCUGGCCACACUGUUUCAGUCGCAUUUUAGCUGCAUCGUGUUGUACAUUGGGUCUGUUUAAUAUUUCUAGAUUUUCCAUUCUUAGCAUUUAUUUCGGAGCUAAUUUCAUAGUUCAGUUCCUAAUCCUUUCGAUUCUAUUCGGUGUUCCAAUGCUCUGGUUGCAAAUGGCAUUAGGAUCUCGGCUGAAAGGUGGCCCAAUAUCGAUGUGGCGAGUCAGUCCGAUCUGUAAAGGCAUUGGCAUUUCGUUGCUAUUUGUUCAAGCAUUUGUGGCACUGUAUUCAGCCGUUAGCAUCGGAUGGGUACUCGUUUACUUUAGAGAUUCAUUUGCGACACAGACCGGACGAUAUCGAUGGCAAGAGCCGUUUCUCCUAUUUCGUUAUCGUGCCAAUGAGUCAAUCAAGCUGGAAGAGACAGUCGCCGAUUAUUUCAAUGGUGUUGUGCUGCAGAGAUUACAAUUGGGACCGGGCGGUCGGAAUGAUAAUAAUGGAAUUGGAGCGGUACGCUUCCAGGUGGCUUUUAACAUGGCCGUUCUUUGGUUAUGCGUAUUUGUUGUGUUAUGCAAGGGUUUGCGGUCGUAUGGUAAAAUCGUAUUGGGGUUAAUGGUAGUACCGUUGAUCGGUUUGACAACGUUAUGCACGAAAAUGCUGACCAUGAUCAAUUCAACCAGCCUACAGAACAUUUUCCCGGCAACCGAUUGGCAGGACUUUUUCAUUAACAGCCAAAGUUGGUUAUCCGCCGCACAAGAAGCAUUUUUAACCUGGGCUCUGUUCGGCGCAUCUAUCAUAUCAAUCUUCAGCAAAACAACACAUUUGCAAGAGAAGAAAACAGCAUUACGGCGAGACGCCCUGAUCGUUGUUCUGAUAACCAUUUCUGGGCUCAUUCUAGCCGCCGUUCUCGGAAAUGCUUGUGUGCAAAUACUGAACGACUACGGUUUCUACUACUUCCCUGGAUCUUAUGAAAACCUAAACUCUUAUGUGUUCCUUCUUCCAUCCAAUGCUCCUCUGCCCUCCCAACUGAUUGCAACUCCAUCGAAAUGGCUUCCACGGUAUUCGACUGUGCUGGGAGAAAAUUUCCGACGCACUGGCAUGAAUCCGAAUCGUGAAAGCGGCUACGGAGCUCUUCGUUUAGUCACAGAACUAUUUCCAUCGGCAUUGGCAGCCGCAACUCAACAAAACAUAUCUGCUGGCUGGAGUGUGUUGGGCUUUCUGCUGUUUCUCAUAUUCGGACUCGCUCAGCUCUGUGCAAUGUGGAAGCCGAUAGCUGGUUCACUCGGAAAUUCUACCAGUUCCAUCCUAUUGAGCUGUGUGACCGGACUUUUGUUGGGCAUACCGUUGGCAACUGAAUGUGGCAUUAAUGUGAUACAUUUCUUCGACACUAUAAUCGGUGGCAGUUGGUUCGUUCUGCUGCUGUGGGUUGGACAAAUAUUUGCAAUUUUUCUAGUCAGGGGGCGUCCAUAUUCAGGAGACAUACUUGUAAAUGAUCUUCACCUUACGCAAACUUUGUCGGCCUUUGUGGCUCUGUCGUGGAAUGUACUGUUGCCAAUCGGACUGAUGACCUUAUGUAUUAUGGAGUACAGACAAUCGAAUUCAAGAGACUUGUAUCAAUGGAGAGGCAGAACGUAUUGGGCGAUGUGGACAAGAAAACUGGGCGGAUUUAUGCAAGUCGGUUUUCUGUUGCUCGUUCCGAUCACUUCUAUCAUCCAGAUCUAUCGUUAUCUGAGUAACGGGCCGCCAGACAUUUUAGAUAGGAUUCAGGCACUCUAUCGGCCAUCGUUAAGCAGACCAACAUCAGCUCAAAAUCGUUACACAGAGAACCGAAACGAUCGGCCAGAUCCUAAUAACUCUAUUCCGGCUGUUAUAACAUUGGAGGCGCGUACAAUGACUGAAGAUGCACCGCCAAAGUAUACGCCACCACCAUCAUAUACAACAGCCACUGGUGCUAGGAUAGCCAAAAUGCUUAGGAAUAGUAUCCGCCGUAGUGUUCGAAGAAUAAUCGGUGAACCGAGUAGCCGACAAAGACCUAGCAUACCACAGACCGUAAACAUUUCGUUUGACGAAUGUUUGCCGCCAGCUUAUUCGACCGUUCGCCGGGAUCCAAUCGUAAAUCUGCAGCACGAAGUCGUCAACAAUCGGAAUACACUCGAUCCGCACCGACAAAUCCAAACGACCGAACUGAUGAACCGAUCUCGAACGUUAACCGCACAGGAUGUGGCUCAACUAUUACGACCCAGUGAUUUGCAGUAUCAACGUGCCGCAUCACUCGGCACCUAUGUGGAACAGGACCGGAUACUUCGAAAUUCACUGCAAAAGGAAUUGUCGCGAUCGGCCGAGAAUUUGGUGUUGAAUGCGGCUCCGGUAGGUGAAAGUAGCAUCAUUGAUCUCAACCAUUGCAAUGAUGACCGGAAUACAUCUGUGAUUUGAAAGGAAGACAACGAUUGAAUCCCACAUCCCCCAUUUGACAAAGGAAGUGUGCAAUUUCGACAACGAAAUGAAAUUUUUCUUUUCAACGAUCUUCUCUGUGUAUGAACUCCUCUCGAACAUCCGUCCUAUACAGUAAUGACGAAAUGAUUUUUUUGUGUUUGUUUUUUAAUAAUUUAUUUAGCUUUAGUAACAAUAAGAAAGGAAUGCGACAGACAUGGAAUGACAAUUUUUUUUUAGAAGUGAUGUUAGACGACAAGACUUGUUAAUGCUUUUUAGUGAAUUUUGUAAAAUCAGCGUUAAGCCUGGAAUCAUCGAGACUAUGGAAAAUAAAUUGAUUGAUGAAAAGUG